AUCAACCUGGUCUUUUUUUAGAACAAAGAGACAUAACACACUUCGCUUUUGACAAAUACCACCGUGUUGAAGAGAUAACAGGGUUCUUGGACAUCUUGGGACAAAAGUACAGCCACAUUGCCACAGUGAGAAACAUCGGAAUGACCCAGGAGGGAAGGCCGAUCAAAGGAGUGAUUCUAAGCACCGGAAAAAACAGGCCGGCCCUUUGGUUCGAUGGUGGCAUCCACGCGCGCGAAUGGGUUUCACCUGCGACUAUGCUCUUCUUUCUGCACAAAAUGACGACAGGAUAUGGUUCAGACAGCACCAUCACGACCCUUUUGCAGACCUUCGACUUCUACAUCUUUCCUCUCAUUAAUCCCGACGGAUAUGCCUAUACUUUCACGUCGGAUCGCCUUUGGAGAAAAAACAGGUCUGGUGGUAAGCGAGGAUGCAGAGGCGUCGAUCCCAACAGGAAUUUCGACGCUGCUUUCGGCGGCGCUGGCACCAGCGGCCACCCGUGCUCAGAUAUCUACCGGGGUGCGCGAGCGUUCUCUGAGGCUGAAAGCCGUGCCAUACGUGACGCCAUUCUCGCGCUUGGAUCCCGAGUCAAAGGGUAUGUCUCCGUUCACUCGUACAGCCAGCUUGUCAUGGUGCCGUACGGGCACGGCCGGGCCACUUAUACCAAGGAUUACGCCGACCAGAUAGCAGCAGCGCGGGCAGUCUCCAGAGCCAUACAGAGCCGUUCUGGCGUUUACUAUCAAGUUGGAACCAUUUCAAGCCUUCUAGGUCCUGCGGCUGGGUCGUCUAGCGAUUGGGCCUACGACGGGGCAAAAAUCAAGUAUUGUAUAGGCGUCGAAUUAAGGGACAAAGGACGCUACGGAUUCUUGUUGCCGAAUUUUCUCAUUGUGCCAACAGCGGAUGAAGCAUUGGAGGGUUUUAAAGCUCUCGCAAAGUUCAUAGCUAGAAGAGAGCUCAACAAGUUCAUUCAAUGGAUUGAUCGCGAAAGAAGUGACAAUCAAAGAGAUGGAGAUUUUGACCCUAGGGACGCCGGCAGCUUCCGUAUAGACAUGUACCAUACGCUAGACGAAAUCUACGGAUUCCUGGAUUCGUCAGCUCAAAAGUUUCCCAACAUCGUUACUCGCGUCACCAUCGGGAAAACGGAAGAAGGAGCUGCGAUUCGUGGUGUCAAGAUAAGCUCCGGGGGCAACUCUAGCCGGCCAGCCAUAUGGAUCGACAGCGGUAUUCACGCCCGCGAAUGGAUCUCCACGGCCUCAGCGCUGUACAUUAUCGACCACAUGCUCAAGAGCUACAACGACAGCGACGACGUCACAAAACUGGUGGACACCUUCGACUGGUACAUAUUCCCUGUCAUCAACGCGGAUGGAUACAAGUACACCUGGACGACUGUAAGUCAUCGGCUAUGGCGAAAGAACAGGGUGAGAAACGUGGGAAGCCUCUGCCGUGGAGUGGACCCGAAUCGAAAUUUCGACGUGCGCUUUGGCCUGGCAGGUUCGAGCGCCAACCCCUGCGCGGAGAACUUUGCCGGCACGUAUCCUUUUUCGGAGCCCGAGAGUCGUGCCAUCAGAGACGGCAUCAACAACCUCAAAGACAGACUGAAGGCAUAUAUCAACUUGCACUCCUACAGUCAAGUGGUCAUGAUACCGUACGGCUACUCGAAAGGAUACACCAGCGACUACAAAUCCCAGUACGAGGCUCUGGAAAAGUUGGUGACUGCCAUCAGAAAGAGGAACAGCGCCUUUUAUCGCCAUGGAACAGCAGGACAGACAUUGUACAUCACGUCGGGUGCAGCGCUGGACUGGGUGUACGACAAAGCCAAGGUGAAGCACACGUUCGUCGUGGAGCUGCGCGACCGUGGCCUGUUCGGCUUCAUCCUGCCGCGCGAGUUCAUCACGCCGACGGGCGACGAGCUGUUCAGCGGUGUCAAGGCGCUGGCCUUCCACAUCAUGAAGGCCGAACUGAAAUCCUCAUGAUCCGAGUCACUGUCGCCGAUGUCCGCACACGCUGGCUCUGUGCGCCCGAUGCAGUGCUGAACUUUUGCAAAGACGUCCCAUUUAUGCAAAGACCCCGUGAGCAACGAAUGACUCUGAAUCUGUUGAAGCGACCGCGGGUUGCCAACAAAAUGCUAGGCGCACCACGUCGGCAUAUGUGUCACUGCACAAUGUCCACACAUAUGUGGACGUAGUGCGCCUAGCUUGGCGCAGUGGUUUAAUCAAGCGAUGGAGAGAGAAGUUAGCUGUUAAAAUGGACAGAGGUUGGCUCAUCUAACUUGCCCUGUCCUGCUUCUAUGCACGAAAGGGAAUUAAAUGAAAAUAUCGCACGCUGGCGUCUAGAUUUAAAAGAUGUGGAUUUACAGCAUAAAGCGGUUCGACUGUGCGUCAGAUUAACUGCCUCAUCCCACAUUUUCUGGAGGAUAAACAGCGGUUGAACGCGGUGACCUUCAUUUGUCAAAAAAAGAAGUGCAGUGUGCAAAACCAUUGACUAACAAUUCCGUGUGCUCGGAUUUGGGUGCACGUUAAAGAACCCCAGGUGAUCGGAAUUUCCGAAGCCCUUCACUACGGCGUCUCUUAUUAUCAUAUGGUGGUUUUGGGACGUUAAACCCCACAUAUCAAUCAUUAUUGACUGAAACUUAUUCGAGUCAUGAAAAAAAAAUUCUGCAGUUAAUACCUACAGGACGCAGUGACACUGGACGGUAUACACAGGCAGUUGGCCUUUGCAGGGUGAUGGGCUAUAACAGCUGUGCAAUUAAUUGUAUCUUUUGUGUCCCUGCUUUUCUUGCGUUUUAUUUCGGUUGCAGGGAGAG